CGCUGCCAACGAAUUCCGACUAGAGUGAGAGGGAAAGAGAGGGAAGAUCGGAGUGAAGGGAAAUCUCCCGUAUCAAUUUGAACGACGGAAAAACAGCACAAAAGCGGGCAGGGUGACAUUUUCUAAAGCCUUUGGAAGAGAAACCUUCCCCUUGCAUUGAAAAUGGAGCUACCCGCCGCGGGAGAGCACGUCUUUGCGGUGGAAAGCAUCGAGAAGAAGCGUAAUCGAAAGGGGAGGAUGGAAUACCUAGUCAAGUGGCGAGGAUGGUCUCCAAAAUAUAACACAUGGGAACCAGAAGAAAACAUUCUCGACCCGCGACUGCUUGACGCUUUCCAGAACAGGGAGAGAUACGAGCAGCUUAUGGGAUAUCGCAAAAGAGGGCCAAAGCCAAAGCACCUGAUCGGCCAGGUCCCGUCCUUUGCCCGGAGAUCCAGCGUUCUCUCAGGCCUUCAGGAGACCACCCUGGACGAGGACAACCGGCAGAAAGUGGACCCCAUCCAGACACUGCGCUCGCAGACCCAGCAGUACCAGUUGAACAGCAAGAAGCACCACCAGUACCAGCCCCUGCUGGCCAAGGAGAGGGAGGCCGAGCAGCAGGCCAACGGAAAGAAGAAGCUCUACUACCAGCUCAACAGCAAGAAACAUCACCACUACCAGCCUGACCCCAAGAUGUAUGACAGCACCCAGUGCAUGAAGCCCAGGGAGGCCACCAAAGCUCCAGAACUGCCCACCAACCACAGCUGGAACCUGCCUCCUGCGCUGCAGCAGAAGUGGGUCCGGGACAAGGACUCUGGCUGCCUGAGCAAAGUCAAGGAUAUCACCAUGGAGCUAAAGAAGCUUCCGGCUCACCUCAACGACCACAGUGGCGAAUCGGAGCAGAGCAAGGCCACGGCCAAAGAGGACGCACCGCUGUUGAAGGCCAACGAUGUCAGCGACAGCAAGCUGAAGAUUGUCAAGAACAAAAACAAGAAUGGACGCAUCGUCAUUGUCAUGAGCAAGUACAUGGAGAACGGCAUGCAGGCGGCAAGGAUUAAAAACGGAGAUGUGGAAACCCUUGACGAACCGCAGCCGGACAAUGAUGAUGAUGCUGCAGAAAAUCAACUUGAAAAGAUGAGGCUCGUCCAGAAACUGGGUCUCACCAACGGAUUCGCGAAAGACUGCAACAAAGACGUUAAGUUACACGUCCUCAACUCAGGAUCUAACAGAUCUAACGUAUUUAAGUGUCCUGCUGAGAAGUUCGACUCACCCAAAAUGGAGCUUAGUGCGACAGAGCAGCCCCUGAGGCUGACCACCAAACCUAACCUUGCCCCUUGGCCCUUUGAGAUGGGAGUUCAUAGAAGGACCCAGCCAGUAAACGGCUCCUCUCCAGCCCUGAAACGUCACCUUUCAGAGGAAGACAAGGGCGAGGACCGGGGUGGCUGUAAACGGUUUCUAAACUCCCGGAGUAUCAGUGCACCCUGCACUGUGUCCUCACCGCCUCAGAGCAACUCCAUGGACCAAAAUGGCCACCAUAGCCACAAUGGCCACCAGGACUAUGACUUCCUGGAGUCUAACCAGGACGAGCCCAUGGACCUCAGCUGUGUGAGGUCCAGAGGGGAGGCUCCAGUUCCCACAGAGACACAGGUGGCUCCUUCUGCUGAGGAGGAGAAGACUGCAGAACAGACAAAACCGCCAUUGGCUAUCACAACAGAACAUACUGUGGAGGAGGAGCCUUUUGCUUCAUUCAAGCCUUUCCUUGGGAAUAUAGUCAUCACGGAUAUUACAACAAACUGUCUCACGGUGACAUUUAAGGAAUACGUUACAGUGUAACGAAGCUGAAAAAGACGAUCUGAGGACGAGGGACUAAUAGCAAAUGUGUGAAUAUGUACAAAUGUGUGUUGGAACAUAUUGGUAUUUUCAGAUGUUUGAAUGUAAAUAAGAGCCCUUACAGUUUGCAUUUAGUGGGGUUGAGAUUCAUUUUGUUUCGGCUUCCUAACCCUUCUAUAAUUUGUAUGUACGUAGCUUUGGCUAUCAUUCUCUAAAUGAGCCCCCGAGUUCUUGUCAUACUUGAUGAUGUAAGCUUCUAAUUGAGUUACAAACUACUUUAGUAUAUGCUAUUUGACAAAUGGUAUCAGGGCUCAGUGAAAAAGCACUUACUCUUGUAAAUAAUUAUUUACUUUUUAUAGAGGCUUUAUAUCCGUUUUGCUUUACAGUCUUUGUUUAAGGUCUAUAUAUUGAGAAAGAAAAAGUCUAUAUAUUGAUUAUUGGUAAAUGACACCCUCUUUUGGUUUAUUUGCCUGUGUGUGGUGUUUGUGCACGCAAGUGAAUACGUGUGUGUGUCUGUGCGUACAUGUGUAGCGAGGUUGCAAAAUGAUGGGCCGUGUGUGCGCAUGUGCACUACUAGUCAAAAUUUGGACACAACUACUCAUUCAAGGGUUUUUCUUUAUUUUUACUAUUUUCUACAUUGUGGAGUAA